AUGACUUAUAAAACCUCUUCAUUUGACUUUAAAAGUCUUCUUCUUCAUUUGGAUGAAAAAGACAAAGUAAGUCAAGGGGCAGAAGCAGUUAUAUAUAAAGUGAGUACACCAAAUUGUAUCUUUCUUAUUAAACACCGAUUUGCUAAAUCAUAUAGAGAACCUACUUUAGACAAAUCAAUGAAUAAAAAACGAGUAAGUAAUGAAAAUAAAACACUUCAACGAUUUAAUGAAUUAAAUAUUCCAUGUCCUAAAGUAUUUUAUUGUAAUAAUUUAGAUAUUGUAAUGGAGUAUAUUGAUGGAAAAACAUUAAAGAGUUUUGUGAAUGGUAUGUACAAAAAUGAAAAAUACAGUGAUGAAGCUAUUUGUGUGAUGGGGAAAUUAGGAAAACUUAUUGGCACAAUUCAUAAAAAAGGAUUUAUUCAUGGUGAUUUAACUACUUCAAACUUCAUGAUUAAACAAACUGGAGAUAUCAUUAUUAUUGAUUUUGGAUUAACAACAAUGUCAGAAACAAUAGAAAAUAGAGCUGUUGAUUUAUAUGUAUUAGAACGAGCUCUUUUAUGUACACACUACAAAGCAGAAGAUUUAUUUAGAUAUAUUUUAGAAGGAUAUCGUGAAACAGGAGAUAAAGCUAAUGAAGUUAUUCAACAUCUUAAUGAAGUUCGAUUAAGAGGAAGAAAGAAAGAUAUGUCAGGAUAA